AUGGUUCGUCCUAGAGUGUUCCUCGAUAUAAAAAUCGGUGGAAAAGCCGCGGGUCGUGUCACCAUUGAACUCUUCAACGAUGUAGUCCCAAAAACCGCCGAAAACUUCCGAGCACUUUGCACUGGAGAAAAAGGAGUCGGUCAAUUGGGAAAACCGCUUCACUACAAGGGAACCCCAUUCCAUCGUGUUAUUCCGAAUUUCAUGCUCCAAGGAGGUGAUUUCACCAAUCAAAAUGGCACUGGUGGCGAAUCAAUUUAUGGUGAGAAGUUUGCCGAUGAGAAUUUCAAGGAGAAACAUACUGGUGCCGGAGUUUUGUCAAUGGCCAAUGCCGGGCCAAACACUAAUGGCUCACAAUUUUUCAUCUGCACCACAGAGACCAGUUGGCUCAAUGGGAAACACGUGGUUUUCGGAAAAGUUGUUGAAGGUUUGGAUGUGGUGAAGGCUGUGGAGAAAGAGGGAAGUGAAUCUGGAAAAACGAGUGCGCCUUGCGUUAUUGCCGAUUGUGGACAACUUUGA